GGUCUGCACGGGGGCCCGGGCUCCCAGCACAGGGCUCUGUGCCCGAGCCGAAGCCUGUCUUCCACUCCUGCCUGUCCUUCCGCCACCUGGCCCCUCUCUCCUGGGUGCUGGCAGGACUUUCUGCCUGUGCCAGAUGUGACUGGCGGAAGGCCAGGUCCGUGUCUGCAACUUAGCAGGGCCUGGGGUGGGCAGUGCACAGAACAGGGAGAGACUGAUGGGGGGGUGGCGGGGGGGGGGGCAGGAAGCAACCAGAACACGGUUAUUCAUUCAACAGCUCCUUAUCCAUCACCUUCUUGCCAAGUGUGGUUGCAGGCGCCAGGGAAAUAGCAGAGAAGGACACAGACGAACCUGUGCCCUUGGGGUGAUGAGAGCUUGGUAAACAAGAGUGUCGGAUGGUGAAGGCUGGGGAUGGGACCGAGCCGCCCAGGGGGACAUGAGGGCAGGGGUGGGAGUGAGAAGGCCUGCUGGGAAGGUGACCAGAGAGGGAGUGCAGAUGUCCAGGAUGGGAGGAGCAGAAUGGGCAGAGGACACAGCCGGGACAAAGGUCCUGGGGCAAGACCAUGCCCGUGUAAGUGGCUGGAGCCUAGUGAUGAAGGGACGAGAGGAAGGGAGGGGAGGUGGUGCAGGGCUGUGGGGGUCUCGGGGAGGACUUGGCUUUUCCCACAGGGUGGUGCAAGCCUUGGAGGGCUGCAGGCAGGGAAGGGCAGACCUGACUUGGGCGCUCACGGGCGCCCUUUGGAGGAUGGACUGUGGGGGCAGGGCAGGAGAACGGGACCAUCUGGGUGGGGUGGUCACUUAAUGCUUUGCUGGUGAGAACUAAUCAGAUUGUGGAUUUGGGGGGAUCCCCACAGCACUUGCUGAGUAUAAGGGUGUAGGGGACAAGGCCCCCGAGAGUUGCUGUUCAAGCCAGGAGCCCCCCUCACACCCACUCAGGGGAAGAUCCCUAGAACCCUUGCUGGCCGCGUAGUCCCGCAGAGACUCCUCUGUCCUCUCCCCUCGGUCUCCCGCUCCCUGUUUUCCCAGCCUCCUUGCUGCACAUUUAAAAUCCCAAGCAGCAGGCUGGCCCAGCCAGCUCCUCUCCCCAGGGAGGGCCAGCUAGCAGGCAGGAGGGAGCCGCUCUUUCCAUGCUGAGUGCACUCAAGUGCCAGUAAAUUGCGGAUUAACGAGCCAGGGCGAGUUGGGGAAGGCUCCCCUGGGCGCGUGCUGCUGGGAGGCCCAGCUGGGGAACCCAUCACCGGCUGCCCCAGGAGGCAGCCCCAGCCCACGGCCACGAGAGGGGGUCCCGCUGCCCGCCCCCUCCCUCACCAUCCUGCCUGCCUGACCGGGCUCCAGAUGGAAGCAGGCAGAAAACUUCCUUCGGACCAUGGAGACCUGGAGUGGACCCCGGGGCUUCCAGCCGGGGGAGGAGCCCUCGAGCCAGGUCUCGGGUGGGCUGGCUGACCGGCACUCCUGGGGGCCCCCCAGCCCCGAGGCUGCCCCGCACCCGGUGCUCCCGACCCCGCCGCGCUCCAGUCUCCGGGGGCCGCCCUUCGAGGAUGUCGUGGCUGCGAAGUCCUCAGACUGGCUCACGCAGCGCUCGGGGGUGGACGACGCCCCAGCCCACCAGCUGGACACGCCGGCGUCCUGGGACUCGGAGCCCCAGCUCUGGCAGGACGUCCUGACCGAGCAGCUCUGGCAGAUCUUCGCCGGGACCCACGAUAAGGGGGAGCGGCUGCAGCACACACUGACAGAGCAGGCACCAGGCCUGGAGAGUCGGGACCUGGGACCGCGCUACUCAGGACCGGAACCACGUAUGGAAGACACUUUGGUUCUCAGCCCACCUGUGCCCUCCCUCAGCUCCCCUGAGGGCUCCCACGAAGGGAGCACAGAGCCAGGCACCGAGGCGGACGGGGUGCUCUCCCGAGUGGCCCAGGAGCCUGCUGGGAGAGCCCGCCCUUUUCUGAAGCCCAUAUGCUGGGACCCUGAGGACUUUGAGGACACGUGGAAGAGACCGGACGCCUUGCCCUGGCAAUCCAAGAAGCAGGCCAUCCCACACAGGAUGGAGAAGGUGCGGACGCUGGAACACGGGGAGCCCGUGCUGGCCGCGGCUGUCAGCAGCUUCGUGCGCCACGCCUUCACCUGUGGCAGGGGUGGUGUCAAAGUGUGGAGCCUGGCCAGCCAGGUGGUAGAGGACAGGUAUCCCGAGAGCCACCUGUGUGUACAGGUGAGGGAGGGGCUGGCUCUGGGGGCGGGGCCUGCGGGAGCCAGAGGAGCCGCGGAGCACGAGGACGGUCCCCUGCGUCUCUGCCCACCGCAGACCCGCCGGGCCUACCUGCGCACCUGCCUGCUGUCCUCGGACAGCACGACCCUGCUCGUGGGUGGCCACAACCUGGCCGGCGUGGGCGUGUGGGACCUGACCGCGCCCUCCCUGCACGUGAGCGGCGAGCUGCCCUGCGCGGGCCUCACCUGCCAGGCCCUGGCCUCCAAGCCUGAGGACAGCCUGGCCUUGGCUGGUUUCACGGAGGGCACAGUCAGGAUCUGGGACCUACGGGACCAGAGUGUCAUCAGGGACCUGCCGGGCCACCCGAAUGGGGCCAAGAGCAUUGCCGUCAAAGACCAGAACGUCUGGACAGGGGGUCUGGACACCUGUCUGCGGUGCUGGGACCUGAGGGCUGCCAGAGAGCCUCAGGAGUACCAGUUUGAGUCUCAGAUAAUGAGCCUGUCCCCUAGUCCCCAGGAGGACUGGGUGCUGGUGGGCACAGCCAAUGGCCAGCAGUGGCUGCAGCCCACCCGAGGGGGCCAGAAGCACAUGGUGGGGUGUAAGGACGGCACCAUCCUGGGUCUGAAGUUCUCCCCCCUCGGCCAGUGGUGGGUGAGCGUCGGGACGGACGACCUGGUUGGCGUCUAUAGCAUGCCCGCGGGGGCCGUGGAGCUCCAGGUACCUGAGACCUCCUCCAUCCUGUGCUGUGAUGUGUCCCCCAACAACCGCCUGAUCGUCACGGGGUCCAGGGACCACGCCUCUGUGUACCAGGUCACCUACUGAGGGGCUUGGUACCAGUUGUCCUGACUCGGGAUCCUUUUUUUUCUUUUUUUUGUCCUUUUCCCCCAGCAAGGUGGAGGCAUAAUGGUGGAGGGGUGUGGUGGGCGAGCCGGGUCUCCCCCGCAUUGCGCGAUCAGGCCGGCCAUCUUUGUCACAUGUAAUAAAGCAAUUGGAAAUAG